GGCGCGGGCCAGGGGAGGGCCCCGGGGCAGCCGGCGGGCAGGCGGCUCUCGGAGCUCGGUUGGGGUCGCGGUGGAGAUGAGGCGGUCGCCGGUGGUGAAGACGAGACGCGGUGCGAGGAAGCAGGACCCGGGAGGGCGAACCAGGGGCCCGCACCUGCGUGGCCGGAGCGGUGUUUUUGCAGGAGGAGGUCUCAGCCAAGCCGGAGGUGGACUCUCUUGCUGAGUGCAGGAGGUAGACGUGAUACCCUGAUUUUGCAGAGGAGAGAACAGAGAUUGUGGGAGACACCGUGCAGUGGAAAGAAAGAUGCAGUCACAGCUGUGGAUGCACUUUGUACACCAGAGAGCACUCUUCAGCUCCAUGGAGAAUCCUUUCCCCAUCCGGGCUCACUCAUCAGUGCCAUGGCUUCCGGUGAAAGAACGGACAGACACGAAUUCCUCUGUGGGGAUGAUUCUACUGCAACAAAUCUUUAUUUGGCUUUUUUCUUCCAAAGGGAUGAGGCUGGCUUCUGAGCAUACAUUAAACCCAUGCAUCCUCUUUGUUUCUGGCAAAGUUAUAUGACUCACUUAGUUAAAAUCAAGAUACUUCGGAAAGGACAAGGUGACUGAUCUCCCUAAGGAGGAAGCCUUAAUUAAGAGUGAUGAAAAGGACACCUGCCAUGGCGUAGGUGCUGCAUGUUUUUCCUCUUCCACUGAACCCACAUCGCAGCUCUGGGAGGAAGAGAUGCUGGAGCUGAAUGGUGCACGGUGUGAUCUGGACUCCAGGCGAGACGCUGCUGGGCUGCGGAGAGGCUGAGGAAAGUCUGUGCUGCUGCUGUGGUGACUCAUGUGGACAGGCGAGACGCUCCAGGGCAUGGCUGACAGUGACGCCUUGUUUCUGGUGUGGGAAGAGACCUUGUUUUCUGGAGAUCUGACUGUGGUUGGACCUAUUAUAGAGAAACCAGAGAAGUCAUCAUUUACUACAUUGGACAUUUGGAUCCCUGAUCUUACCAGUCCUCCCCAAACUCCUGUGAGGGAUGGACUAGCAUCUCCAUCCCGGAGGCUGUGCAGGCCCGGAGUGCUUGAGUGACUUGCGCAUUGGCCACAUGAGAAAGUGGAGCCGUGGAGACUGGGACCUGAGCCUGCCUGACUUAAAAUAGCUUUGAACAUGUGCCCUCGAUGAACCCACAGUGAUCCAUUUGUUUUGCCUUCUCCCAGCUCCUGCAUUCUUCAAGUCUUGGUAACUGGAAUGUUUUGUCUGUUCAGGCUCAAAAGGAUCAGUGGGAAAGAACCAAAGUUAAAUACAUUGUGGUGUGUCAAGAUGAACCUGGGAAAACUCUGACCUGUAGAGUGGACUUCCUCUCUGACUCAGCUGGUACUUCUUUUUGUCUCCAGUUUUAAAAGCUCCCCAGAGGCAACCUGAAAUCCCCAAUCUUCUCAGAAUGGGAUGGGGGAAAUUCUGACGUUCUCAUUAAACCCAUUUAUCUCACAAGCUUUGGAAGGAGCCAGAAUGCCAAAGGCAAGAACCCCAGAGCACUGCCUGCACUGGUGUGAUAUCCUGAUAAAUGUCUAACAAAUUCAGCUUGUGUCCAGUGGGCUGGACCAUUUGCUGGGCGAAGUUCCAGCACAGUGAGACAUCCUAGGAUUCAUCUGGUUUAGGAAAGACCAUUUACUGGUAGUCAUUUCAAUGUUCUUUAGUCUAAAGUCAUGAGGUCUCUUCACUCUGGUCUGUUCUGAUGAAUGGCCCCACCAGUGUGAAGCAGAAGGAUGACCUUGUUCGGUGGGCAAGACAACUCUGAAAGAAGGAGCCGAGUGUGGGGAAGUCUGUGGGAAGAGAGAGCCACCUAGAAUGUCCCCACCAAACCAGUCUGCGGAAGGCCUUCUCCAGGAGGUCUCUAACACAUCUGUGAAUGCUACAGAAACUCCAAAAGCCUGGGACCCAGGGACCCUCCAGGCCCUCAAGAUUUGUCUUACUGUGGUCCUUUCCAUCAUCACACUGGCCACAGUCCUUUCCAAUGCCUUCGUGCUUACCACUAUCUUCCUGACCAGGAAGCUCCACACUCCGGCCAACUAUCUCAUUGGCUCCCUGGCCAUGACGGACCUCUUAGUUUCCAUCUUGGUCAUGCCCAUCAGCAUCGCCUAUACCACCACCCACACCUGGAGCUUUGGCCAAAUCCUGUGUGACAUCUGGCUGUCUUCUGACAUAACAUGCUGCACGGCCUCCAUCCUGCAUCUCUGUGUCAUUGCUCUGGACAGGUACUGGGCCAUCACUGAUGCCCUGGAGUACAGCAAACGCCGGACGGCGGGCCAUGCGGCCAUCAUGAUCGCCAUCGUCUGGGUCCUCUCCAUCUGCAUCUCCAUCCCACCACUCUUCUGGCGGCAGGCCAAAGCUCACGAAGAGAUGUCGGAUUGCCUGGUGAACACGUCUCAGAUCUCCUACACCAUCUACUCCACGUGUGGGGCUUUCUACAUCCCGUCUGUGUUGCUCAUCAUCCUCUAUGGCCGGAUCUACAUGGCCGCCCGGAACCGCAUCCUGAACCCACCAUCACUCUACGGGAAGCGCUUCACCACAGCGCAGCUCAUCACGGGCUCUGCGGGGUCCUCGCUCUGCUCUCUCAACCCCAGCCUUCACGAGGGGCACUCUCACUCGGCCGGCUCCGCUCUCUUUUUCAACCACGUCAAAAUCAAGCUUGCGGACAGUGUCCUGGAGCGCAAGAGGAUUUGCGCUGCCCGAGAAAGGAAAGCCACAAAAACCUUGGGGAUCAUUCUGGGGGCGUUUAUCAUCUGCUGGCUGCCCUUCUUCGUUGCAUCUCUGGUCCUGCCCAUCUGCAGGGACUCCUGCUGGCUCCACCCAGCCCUUUUUGACUUUUUCACCUGGCUAGGCUAUUUAAACUCCCUCAUUAAUCCAGUAAUAUAUACUGUGUUUAACGAAGAGUUUCGGCAAGCAUUUCAAAGAGUCGUCCAUUUCCGGAAAGCCACCUAGGUCUCCUUUGGGGGUGACUCUUGUUAUCAUUUGUGUCCUGUAACCCAGUUGGAAUUGUCUUUUCAAAAAAAUUCUUCAUUGAGAUUUGGGUUAAUCCUGAUGUUUUAUGUUUUGGUUCAAUCAGUAGAAUUGUUCGUUGUUCUUUUUUCCUGUUGUCUUCUUGACUUCUGAGCCACCAAAAGUUGGGCAGCUGUGUGAAAGUGGAACCAGACUGAAGAUUUCCCUUAGCGUCAUGUUUUCAUGGUUCUUCCCUGUUGGAAGAAACGUGACUCACAGGAUCCCUGAUUGAUGCAAUCAAGUGGGAAGCUGUCUGACUCUGUGGAAAGACUCCAGGCUCAAAGGUCUGGUCUAUCUAAGUUUUGUAUGGAGCUCAGAGGGCAGAUGAGAUUAAUGAACAGAAUUGAAAGAGGAUUUGGGGUCAGGGAGGAGGAGCUUCCAUUCCAUGUGGCACCUGGUUUGGAAAAUAACAUCCAGGGCUUUCUUCCACUGCGUCCUCCUUAGAUUGACUUUCUCCCAGUUGUUCAUUUGAGGUAACAGCACUAUAGAGUGACAGAGAGAGAUUCAGAAGCUGGGGGCAGGGGAGUGGGAUGGGAUGGAAGGUACCCUGUACCUUCCUCCUCCUCCAGUGUCUCUGCACCCCCGUAAGGUUCUGAAGCUAAAACCCAUACUCACCCCCUUGAAGCAGAUUUUCAGGCUUUGAACCCACCGAGCUUUGAGUGAAACACCAUUCUGAAUUGUUUUUUCUGAAUUUUUUUUUUACAUCCCAUUUUCAUUAGAGAUCUUAAGAUGCUGAGUCUUGUCAAAU